CUGCUUCUUGGAACAUGCCGUCUGGUGGCUUCCAAUCCCAUUAAAUCAGAUCUUGAAUCUUGUAUAUUAAUCAAAGCCAGAGAGAUCUUCAGCUUUGCAACUCUCCAUCACCCAUCUUCCCAUUUGCCUAGAAACUCGCAUUCCUCGGAUCAUGUAGUAAUGGCAGGGACAUGCAUGAUUUGUCAAAUUGUUGAUUCGUCUAUAUGUCAUUCUAGCUGUCCAACACAAGUGGCUAUCCCUUGCGAGAAACAGUUACUUCGUAUUUUUAUAGGUGGGAUGGGCGUGAGGGGAGCUUGGCAAUGUCUUCUCAUGAGCAUGGGGCAUGCUUUUGGCUUCGUUAACUCGGAACUCCCACCAUCCAAAGUCGAUCCAGGUCCAGCUUGCAAGACUACUAAACCGCCCCUGUUCGAUGGCCUGACCAUUCAGGCCUUAACUGCCGUCUUCGGAAUGGAAGCAAAUGGGAAGAUAAAGACGGAUAGGGUUCGUGCAGUCGUCGAGAAACUUGGUUUGACAGGUGCUGAAGAGAAUAGUCCCAACUGGCCAGAUCCAUGCGACGGCCUGAAGGAAGAAGUUGAUGCAGAAGAUGUCAUUGGUGGAUUGAAGGAUGCAUCAGGACGGAGUGAGCUCCUGCGAGAAGCCUUCAUGAUUUUCGACGAGGAUGGUAAUGGGUUCAUAGAAGCAGUUGAGCUGAAGAGGGUCCUCGAAUGUCUUGGGUUGGACAGAGGUUGGAAUAUGGGAGAUAUCGAGAAAAUGGUUCAGGUCGUUGAUUUGAAUUUCGAUGGUAAGGUUGAUUUUAGUGAGUUCGAAUUGAUGAUGUCCCUGUAACUGUUAAUAUGAUACCUACCAUAAAACUCCAAUCAAGAAUCCUUUACCUUGAUCGUCUUAUCUCUA